CACGUCCAUCGUUCGAACCUCCCUCUCGACCUUUUCACAGUGCGAAAGACGAAGGAAUUAAAACCCUUCCCGCGCUUAAACUCUAGGGUUUAAGAUUCACCGAGGCCAUCUCGAACCAGGAGUUUCAGAAUCUUCACUGACCUUGUUUCGCAGUAAUGGAGGUUGAUAUGGAGACUUCUCCGAGCUACUUAGAUCCCGUAGAUCUCAGUGCCAGAGAACGCUAUCGUCGAUAUGGUAAAAGGCACUCAGCUUCCAGCAAAUCACCACAUCAAGAAACUUCAGGUUCAAAGUUCAGUGAAGCCAGGCUAUUGUUCGACGGACAGAGUUUUCAAAGACGGAACAAUGCUGCGCUUUUUCUCGAAGAUAUUAAACAAGAGGUUGAGAUUUUUGACGCUGAUCACUCAGAAGGAACACCUGCAAAGACACAAUCUGCUGCCAAGAGGAGAUCUUCCAUAGAUAGUCGUGGAAUAUCUGAGGCAGAUGUGAUGGAUGAUUCAAUUCGACGAGCUGGAAGCUAUGCACUAAAAGCGUUUAAGCAUGAGGAUGAUGCGUUGGUGGAUGGUGGAGAUACAACCUUUACUUUUUUUGCAUCUCUUCUUGAUUCUGCUCUUAAAGAUCUGAUGCUUUUCCCAGAUUUGAUAUUACAUUUUGAGAGAUCUUGCCGCAAUGUUUCAGAGUCAAUUAGGAAUGAAUCUGAUGGAAGACACAGAAUUUUAGAGGACAAAUUGAUGAGGCAGAAGGCUCGGCUUUUACUUGAUGAGGCAGCUUCUUGGUCACUUCUUUGGUAUCUAUUUGGGAAAGGAAAUGAAGAACUCCCUGAAGAUCUAAUUCUGUCUCCAACGACUUCGCAUUUGGAGGCUUGCCAAUUUGUUGCGGAAAAUCAUACAGCACAAUUAUGCUUACGGAUUGUUCAGUGGCUUGAAGGGUUAGCUUCCAAGGCGCUUGAUUUGGAUAACAAGGUGCGAGGCUCUUGUGUUGGUACUUAUCUUCCCAGCUCUGGAGUUUGGCAUCAGACUCAACGGUCUCUAAAGAGAGGUGCACCAAAUCCAAACACUGUUCAUCAUUUGGAUUUUGACGCUCCAACGCGUGAGCAUGCUCAGCAGUUACCUGAUGACAAAAAACAAGAUGAAUCUCUUCUGGAAGAUAUCUGGACUCUUUUAAGGGCUGGGAAACUGGAGGAGGCAUGCGACCUUUGCCGGUCUGCUGGACAGCCAUGGAGAGCUGCAACUCUUUCCCCAUUUGGAGGAUUGGACCGAUUUCCAUCAAUUGAAGCCCUGGUGAAAAAUGGAAAGAGUAGAACUUUGCAAGCCAUUGAACUAGAAAGUGGCAUUGGUCACCAAUGGCGACUUUGGAAAUGGGCUUCGUAUUGUGCAUCAGAGAAAAUUGCGGAGCAAGAUGGUGGGAAAUUUGAAACCGCAGUCUAUGCAGCCCAAUGUAGCAACUUAAAGCGCACUCUUCCGAUUUGUACAGACUGGGAGUCGGCAUGCUGGGCAAUGGCCAAGUCAUGGCUUGAUGUUCAGGUGGAUUUAGAAUUAGCCCGUUUGCAACCAGGUGGGAUGGAUCAGUUUAAAAGUUACAAAGAGUUAAUUGACAGAAGUCUUGGACAGGGAAAUGGUGUUUCUCUGCCUAUAGUUGGACCAGAAAAUUGGCCCCUGCAUGUUCUAAACCAGCAACCUCGGGACCUUUCUGCUCUUCUUCAGAAACUCCAUUCAAGUGACACAGUACAUGAAGCCGUUGCUCAUGCAUGUAAGGAGCAGCAGCGGCAAAUUGAGAUGAAUCUUAUGCUAGGAGACAUACCGAAUCUGCUGGACCUUAUAUGGUCAUGGAUAUCACCUUCAGAAGAUGACCAAAAUAUCUUCAGGCCUCAUGGUGAUCCUCAGAUGAUCCGCUUUGGUGCACAUUUAGUGCUUGUGCUAAGGUAUUUGCUUGGGGAUCAAAUGAAGGAUGCUUUCAGAGAGAAGAUCAUGACUGUUGGUGAUCUCAUUCUUCACAUGUAUGCAAUGUUUCUAUUUUCAAAGCAACACGAAGAGUUGGUGGGAAUUUAUGCUUCUCAACUUGCACGUCAUCGUUGCAUUGAUCUCUUUGUGCACAUGAUGGAAUUAAGGCUGAACAGCAGCGUGCAUGUCAGAUACAAAAUCUUCCUUUCUGCUAUUGAGUACUUACCAUUUUCUUCUGAAGAUGAUUCAAAAGGCGGUUUUGAAGAAAUCGUUGAAAGGGUUCUUUCAAGAUCCCGAGAAAUCAAACCUGAAAAAUAUGACAAGUCAUCUGAUGUUGCGGAGCAACACCGGUUGCAGAGUCUUCAAAAAGCUAUGGUUAUUCAAUGGCUCUGCUUUACACCUCCCUCCACAAUUGAUGAUGCCGAGGCUGUUAGUGCCAAACUUCUUCUCCGAGCAUUGAUACAUGGCAAUGUCCUCUUCAGGGAGUUUGCUCUUAUUUCUAUGUGGAGGGUGCCUUCCAUGCCUAUAGGUGCUCACACAUUACUUAGUUUGCUUGCUGAACCUCUGAAACAGCCAACAGAGAAUCUUCUUUCCACUGAAGAACAUUAUGUUUCCGAGAAUUUAAGAGAGUUCCAGGACUGGAGAGAGUACUACUCUUGUGACGCAACGUAUCGCAACUGGCUAAAAUUUGAGCUAGAGAAUGCAAAGGUUUCUCCCCUUAAGCUGUCAGCUGAAGAAAAACAAAGGGCCAUUGGGGCAGCCAAAGAAACACUAAAUUCAUCACUCUCUCUGCUACAAAGAAAAGAAAACCCUUGGUUGGUUCUCACUGAAGACACUGUUUAUGAAUCAGUAGAACCUGUAUUCCUUCAAUUGCAUGUCAAUGCAAUGCUCUGUCUGCCUAAUGGCGAAUGUAUAUGUCCAGAUGCUACCUUGUGUGCAACAUUAAUGAGUGCUCUUUAUUCUUCAGUGAGCGAGGAAGUUGUCUUAGAUCGCCAACUAAUGGUGAAUGUAUCUGUCUCAACAAGGAAUAAUUACUGCAUUGAGGUUAUACUUCGUUGCCAAGCAACAGAGGGUGAUGGACUUGGGUCACAUGAACUCAAUGAUGGUGGUGUUCUUGCUUCUGUGAUUGCAGCUGGCUUUAAAGGGGAGCUUGCCAGAUUUCAAGAUGGCGUAACAAUGGAGAUCACCCGAUUAGAUGCUUGGUAUUCAAGCAAUGAUGGUUCUUUGCAAGACCCAGCAACAUACAUUGUGCGGGGCCUUUGUCGCCGAUGUUGUAUUCCAGAAGUCAUUCUUCGAUGCAUGCAGGUUUCUGUUUCACUCAUGGAGUCUGGCGAUCCAACUGAGUGCCAUGAUGAAUUGAUUGAGCUUGUCGCAUCCCCUGAAAAUGGUUUUUUCCAUUUGUUUAGUCAGCAACAAUUGCAGGAAUUUUUGCUAUUUGAGAGAGAAUACUCUAUCUACAAAAUGGAGCUGCAGGAGGAACUCUGUCCGACUUCAUAUUAAGUUAAAAUUAAGCUUCGUAGAGUUUGGUAGAUGGAUGUGAAGUGUACCGUCCUGCUGUAUUUUUGAAAUAGUUGUAUACUUUCUGAGUGCAUUUUGGGUGGGAAGGAAGUGUAGAAACCAUAUAUAUAAAUAUGUUUGUUGAGAAGCUGAUUGAUAAUGAUAGAUGCUAAAGAGCCAAGAAAACAAGAAGUGACUACUGAUAAGGGCGACCGGAGAUUGGCCUUCUUGGAAGGGCAACUUGCUACAAACCGGUUCACACAGAACACCAACCUCUGCCGGUCAUUUAACAAGUCAUGAUUGUACAUUGCUUGCUCACUUUAUUGCAAAAUGAACAGCUGAUUUAUAAUUUAUAAUUUUAUGUAGCAUUAUAAACUUCUCCAUCACCCCAAAUUUUGUUAAUGCAUUGUGUUGUAUAUUCCUGAAAAGGUAUUUCAUAGAUUGCAACUAA